ACGGGGCGUCCCCCCCCCCCCUGCUCUCUUCACUUUGCGUCCUCCGCCGCCGCUGCAGUCCCCCAAAAACGUUGUGAAAGGAAGCAGACGUCGUGGGACGAGGGCCCGAUGCCACUCAGCGUCGUGUUGGACGGGCCGGCCCCCUGGGGGUUCCGCCUGACGGGGGGGAAGGACUUCAACCAGCCGCUGACCAUCUCCAGGAUCACCCCCGGCAGCAAGGCCGCGGUGGCCAACCUGUGCGCCGGUGACGUCAUCGUGGCCAUCGAGGGCGUCCCGACCACCAACAUGCUGCACUGCGAAGCCCAGAACAAGAUCAAAGAGUCGCCCCGCCGGCUCAGCCUGACCGUCGAAAGGAAUGAAUCGAGUCUGUGGUCCCCCCGUGUCGUGGAGGGCGGUAAAAAUCACCCAUAUAAAGUGAACCUAGAAGCAGAAAAGCAGGAGUAUAAACCUAUUGGCGCCGCGCACAACCGGAAAGCUCAGCCGUUUGUGGCCGCGGCGAACCUCGACGACACGCAUCAGGUGGUCAGCUCCGCGUACAACACCCCGAUAGGCCUUUACUCCUCGGGCAACAUACAGGACGCCAUGGAGGGCCAGAUCCGGGGCCUGGCUCUGCCUAAGCCCGACAGCCCCAGGACUCUGGCCAGCAUCGAGGAUUCGGACGUGUACCAGAUGCUGCAGAGGGACCAGGAGGAGCCCCAGGAGCCCCGGCAGUCGGGCUCCUUCCGGGCCCUGCAGGACUUCAUCGACAGCGACGGCGCUCGUUCCAUUGUGACCAGGACCGUAAAGGCACCGGCGACCAGAGCGGCUCCGCCCACAGGAAACCUGCAGAAACUGCCCGUCUGCGACAAGUGUGGGAAUGGCAUUGUCGGGACGGUGGUCAAAGCGCGGGACAAGUACCGUCACCCCGGUUGCUUCGUGUGCUCCGACUGUGACGUCAACCUCAAGCAGAAGGGCUACUUCUUCGUGGGGGGGCAGCUGUACUGCGAGGCUCACGCUCGGGUCAGGAUGAGGCCGCCGGAAGGACACGACCUCGUCUCGACCUUCCCCUCCGCGUAGAUCCACCGCUGUGUCUUCUGCCGUGUGCAACGAUAAUAACGUACGUCGAGUAAGAAUACGCUUUGCUCUCUGAUCUCUUCAGCCAGAUGUGUUCUACGACGAGGAGACACACUUUCAUUUCCCUGCAAUAAAGACCUUUUGCUCGUAAAGGA